AUGCCGUGGCAAUUUAUUGAUAGUUCGAAUAAUAGCCGCAGCAAUCUUACUCAAGUCAAGCGCCAUGUUAUGCAUGAGUACAUGCGCCAAAAGCGCCAGGAUGACGGUACUCAGGAGACAGAGGGGAAACCCAGCAAAUCACAUAACACACGUCCGCGGACAAAACGGCCCAAGGCCGGCCAAAAGACGAAGAAAAAGAGCACCGACUCUACAGAAUCCGAAUGUGGACAGCUCGCUCAGGAACCCCAGUCUUGCUCGGAAAUUUCCAUUUCGGGACAGAGGCCAAAUUCACCAUUGUCUCAGGGCAUAGAUUACACUCCUGCCAUUCGGUGCCAGCUGGUGUCUGUUUUUCUCGAUGCCUAUUUGCCUUCUGUCUCGAAUCCACACCAAAGAAUCGGGGGAGACUUUACUGGCGCGCUCCCGUUUAGGCUGGGUGAUUCCCCAAUGCUGGACUAUGCAAUCACAGCGUUAUGUGCCGUCUAUGUGGGGUCCUCCUGGCAGGAUAGGAUGCUUUACCGGGAAGGUGUUGAGAGUUAUGCCAGGGCGGUCCAAUGUCUUCGUGGGUGCAUCGAGCGUUCUACCACGACGCAAGAUAUGCUCUACGUGACUGCUGCCUUGCAAACAUAUGAGGUUGUCCAGCCGUCGCAACAUGGUAUGGCUGGCUGGAGUGCGCAUGUCCAGGGGUGCAGAGCGCUGUUACGACAUGGGCGUGAUGGCUCGGACUCGGCGUUGAAUGACGAUGAACUGUAUCGCCAUAUGCAGAUGGUUAUUAUUGCUGAGGCUGUAGUUCAUCGGAAAUCUGCCUACGUCCCCAACCCUGCCUGGCGUCCGAAAACGCGCACGCUAUUCGACCAGGGUCUCGAUUUCCUGGUCAGCGGUACCUCGCUAAUGGCAGAGAUUCGUCGUCUGGAACAGGACAGGCGCCGAGAUAAACGCACUGCAGGCCAUCGUCUCCUGCAGGAAUGUGUGCGCAUGGAGGGUGAAUUGAACAUUCAAUACUCUGCUCUGCGCUCUUGCAUGGGGUUUCCGGAUCUAUGGAAUACAGACGAAUAUGAAGAGCACGAAAGCGACGAAUUGGAAGAUCUCUUCUUCGACGAUGCCUUUUGCUUCCAGUCGUUCCCCGUGGCGCAGGUCUAUUCGCUGCACUGGGCCACGCAGCUUCUGACAUAUAUGGCCAUCGAGAGACUCUGCUGUAUUCUGGACGAGCCCGUGGUUCCUGGACAACCCUCCGCAUUCCUAUUCACGCGGUCGUACAGGGACAUCAUCGACCUGGCGAGUUCGUCUGCUGUAAUGAUCUGCCAGUCCGUCAAGUACUGUUUCAGCCCAGGGAUGAACGCCUUUGGUGUCCAGGUCUUGUUCGUGCGCCUGUGGCUCGCGAAUCAAUUCUACCAUGCCCGCCCUGGAUUCGAGAAAGAGUAUGUCUGGUGUCAGAGAAUUAUCCGUAAAAUCACAGAUUCAGGGUUCCAGGGCGCGCCGGACUUUAUGAAUAUACACUGGCCUCCUUUGCGGAAACUACGAAAUGACACUUGA